AUGAAUUGGCUUUUUGACCUUUUGUGUAAAUGUAAGUUGAAGGUAAAAUGCUUAAGCCUUAAGAAAUCCAACAACAACUACAAAAUCAUGGACGACAAAAUCGCCGCCUUCACCAUCUUCACGCUCUUCUUCUUUACCGUCUCCGCCGCACGUUUCCCGGUAGCUCCACCGGCAACCAAUCAUUCAGCCGUUGAACAUGCAUCCAAGUUGGCAAACACUUCAUGCGAAUCUCUAGCUUCCGCCGAUUCAAACAUUCGUCUCCCCGGAGAAAAGGCUAAAUCGGAUUCCGACGAAUCCACCGCCAAGAACCCCCUGCCUGAACCGGAAAAAACCACGACUGAUUUAACGCAGGGUACGAAUUUCUCCAGAUUCCAUCCUAUCAACCGACACUUCCUCGGUAAACCUCCUAUGGGGCCAAAACAGAUCGAUAAACACCGUCGACCUUACCGGAAGUCCGUGACGCAAAACAGGAUCCCUCGGAACGACGAGAUCACUUCACGUAAAUCCGAUAAUUCGAUUCCGGAAAGUUUUCCCGGCGAGGUUCCGUUGAACAUGUUGAAGAUGAAGCACCAUUACGGCUCCCGUCGCCACCAUAACCAACCUCGCAAUAACAACGACAACGUAAUUAAGACGAAGAUAGUGUUUGAUCGGGAGAAGCUGAAGAGUUUAAUGCGCCAACACAGGCAGAAGAAGGUAGAUGAUGAAACUGGAUUUAUGAAGAACAUUCGCAAGUUUCUGAAACACACUUUUGAUUGA